AUGUCUGCUGCUACUGCUGCCCCCGGCGCUGUUGACCAGCUUGCCGCUGAUCUUGGCAACACCUCCCUAAACGGCGGUGAUGCUCGACCUACCUCCAUCAACACUAACGUCGGACCCGAUGCCCACGGCGACGAGGGCGAUGCUGCUGGCGCUACUCCCAGCUCUGCCCAGACCCCUCACCCUGCCGCAUCCGCUUCCCUCUACGUCGGCGAACUCGACCCCUCCGUCACUGAGGCUAUGCUUUUCGAGCUUUUCUCGCAGAUAGGCUCUGUCGCCUCGAUUCGUGUUUGCCGUGACGCCGUCACUCGCCGCUCUCUCGGCUAUGCUUACGUCAACUACAAUACCACUGCAGAUGGCGAACGUGCUCUCGAGGAGCUAAAUUACACCCAGAUCAAGGGUCGUCCGUGCCGCAUUAUGUGGUCUCAACGUGACCCCAACUUGCGCAAGAGCGGACAAGGCAACAUCUUCAUCAAGAACCUUGAUGCCGCAAUUGACAACAAGGCCCUUCACGACACUUUCGCUGCCUUCGGCAAUAUUUUGAGCUGCAAGGUCGCUCAGGACGAGAACGGCAACUCGAAGGGCUAUGGUUUUGUACACUAUGAGACCGACGAGGCUGCCUCCCAGGCUAUCAAGCACGUUAACGGCAUGUUGCUUAACGAGAAGAAGGUUUAUGUAGGCCACCACAUCCCCAAGAAGGACCGCCAGAGCAAGUUCGAGGAGAUGAAGGCAAACUUCACCAAUGUUUAUGUCAAGAACAUCCAGACCGACGUUACUGAUGAUGAGUUCCGCGAGCUGUUCGAGAAGUUCGGAGAUGUUACCUCUUCCUCUCUAGCUCGUGACGGCGAGGGCAAGUCCCGUGGUUUCGGUUUUGUCAACUUUACUACCCACGAGAGCGCUGCUAAAGCGGUUGACGAUCUGAACAACAAGGAUUUCCAUGGGCAGGACCUCUAUGUUGGUCGCGCUCAGAAGAAACAUGAGCGCGAGGAAGAGCUACGAAAGUCGUACGAAGCCGCUCGCCAAGAGAAGGCCAACAAGUACCAGGGUGUUAACUUGUACAUCAAGAACCUGGAUGAUGAUGUUGAUGAUGACAAGUUGCGCCAGAUGUUCUCGGAAUUCGGCCCUAUCACCUCCGCCAAGGUUAUGCGUGAUAAUGCUAGCGAGGGCGAGGAAGAAAAGGAGGGUAAGGACAAGGAGAACCAGAAGGAUUCUAGUGACGAGGAUAAGGAAGAGGGCGAAAAGAAGGAGAAGAAGUCUGACAAGAAACUUGGAAAGAGCAAGGGUUUCGGAUUCGUGUGCUUUGCGAACCCUGAUGAUGCCACUAAGGCUGUAGGUGACAUGAACCAGCGCAUGUUUAACAACAAGCCUCUUUAUGUCGCACUAGCCCAGCGAAAGGACGUUCGAAAGAGCCAGCUUGAGGCGAGUAUCCAAGCUCGCAACCAACUCCGAAUGCAGCAAGCAGCGGCGGCGGCGGGUAUGCCCCAGCAGUACAUGCAACCCCCGGUCUUUUACCCUCCGGGUCAACAACCGGGCUUCCCUCCCCAGGGUGGUCGCGGUAUGCCUUUCCCUGGAAUGGGUAUGCCUGGUGCUCAGGGUGGUCGUCCUGGUCAAUUCAACCCUAAUGCAUAUGGAGGUCCUCAGGGCGGUCGUGGUGGCCCUAUCCCGCAGAUUCCUCCUAACAUGUACCUACCUGGACAGUUCCCGCCUGGUGCGCCGUACGGUCAACCUGGCACCCCGCAGUUCAUGGCUGCUAUGGCUCAGGUGCAGCAGGCUACCCUCGGUGGUGGCCGUGGAGUCCCAGCCGGUCGUGGACCGAUUCAGGGAAUUCCUGGCAAUGUGGGUUUGCCUGGUGGUCCGGGUGGCAUGCCUGGCUACCCGCCUAACUCGCGACAAGGUGGUCCCGCGGGUCGUGGUGGCCCGCAACGAGGUGGUCAGGGUGGACAAUUCCCUCCUCAGGGUGGCCGCGGCGUCCCUAACCAACAGAUUGGUGCCACACCUGGUCCCCAGCAAGAUCUAACCCCGACUUCAUUACUUCACUCGCAGCUUCAAUCUCAGUCCAACCCACAGCAACAGAAGCAGAUGCUCGGUGAGCUUAUCUUCCCCAAGAUCCAGGCCAUUCAGCCCAACUUGGCAGGCAAAAUUACUGGUAUGCUUCUAGAGAUGGAUAACGCGGAGCUGGUCAACCUCAUUGAGGACGAUAGCGCUCUCCGAGCUAAGGUGGAUGAAGCCAUGGCCGUCUACGAUGAGUACAUUAAGACUCAAGGCACUGAUGGCGACUCCGGAAAGGAGGACAAAGCCGAGGACAAGGCGUAA